AUGAGUAAAUCAGCUGUGAAGAAAGAUGCUAUCAAAGUGUUUUUAACCUCAUCGAAGCUGGACCCUACGGAAGGUAUUGAUUUCGUCAAGUGUGAAGAAGCAGGUGCGGUUAUCAUGUUUGGUGGAACUACAAGAAACUCCUUUGAGGAUAAAAAAGUAUCAGAUUUGAGCUAUGAAGCACAUGAAAAACUUGCUUGUAGAUCACUUGAGCGUAUUGCUUUAGAAGCUCUUGACAAAUUUUCAGAUGAUGGGAAAGAUACUUUAAUUCAUAAAGUAUAUUUGGCGCAUAGACUUGGACAUGUACCUGUUAAAGAAGAAAGUGUUCUAGUUGUGUUAAGUAGUACACAUCGUCAAGAAGGUUGGAAAGCAGCAGAAUGGGUUUUGGAGAAGAUUAAAGCUGAAGCUGAAAUAUGGAAGAAGGAAAAUUAUAACGAUGGAACAUCUAGUUGGAAAGAGAAUGAAAAUUCCAGUGUACAUAAGAAAAAUUAA